CCAUAUGCUCCCCCUCAGAACCAUCCGCGAAGUUUCCCCCGAGAAAUAGAAAAGCAAUCAAAGCCUAGUAGCCCCUCCUUCUCCUUGGCCCUCUCUUCCUCUUUCCUUCGCUCUACCCUCUCUUGCUAUACACCUCCUCUUCUGUACAUUCGAUUCCUCUCCCCCUUGUUGGGAUGACCUUUGGCGUCUAGACUACAUUCUUCCAUGAUGGGUGUCAAGUUUUGGAACCUACAGAUGAUCUCAUGGUGUUUUCAGGUGAUGGGCAGCCAUGGAUCUUGCUUGCAGCUGCCUGACCACAUGCCUGCAGAACCGAGAACGGUGAAGCUCAUCCGAUCGGAUGGAGUCGUAAAGGUCUUCCACAGGCCGGUACGCGCAUCUGAGCUGAUGCUGGAGUUCCCUAAGCACCUAAUCUGCCACUCAGAUUCUUUCUAUAUCGGCCAGAAGAUCCCUGCUCUCUCCGCCGACGAAGACCUCCAACUGGGCCAUAAAUAUUUCCUCCUUCCCCAGCACUUCUUUCAAUCGGUUCUCUCCUUCGUCACUUUGGCUUCCUUCGCUUCGUCUUCCUCUAGAUUGGUGAAGAACGUUGCAGGAAUCCGGCCAUUCGAGAUCCUGAAGAAGCCAGGGGGGUCGCUGCAGAUUAGAGUCUCCGAUGAGUUCAUCUCGAAGCUCAUAGAAGGAGACAACGUCAAAGAUGAAGAGGAGGCAAGCGUUAAAGAACAGCCAAAAGGGAAGGUCUGCACGACGCCUGCGUUGCAGAAGGAUUACACCCAGCUGGUUGGUUACAGGUCUCAACAAUGGAAACCCAAGUUGGAGACCAUUAGGGAAUUAGAAAAAAAUGGUAGUAGAUUUGGUGGUGCAUUUGGAAUCAAGAGGAGAAAGAGAGUGGUACCAAAAGGUGCCCAGAAGUUGCAGAAAUCAGAAGCCAUCACAGAUCAGGAAAAGAAAUUGUAAAAAUACAACUUAUACAGAUUUUUCCCCUUUUGUUACUUUUCCAAUUAACACAAUGUUCUUCAAGAUCCUAAAAAGUUUUGGAUGGAGAUCAUUGAUGGAUGAUACUUGAUCUAUCUGCGGUAUGCCUUCGAUUGAAACUGGCAUAGCUAAUUAAUGAAAAAAAACAGAAAUAUUCAGAAGAAUUUUGAUUUUCCA